AUGCCCAAUCCUCUUCGCAAGAAGUCAGGAGGGCGUCUUGUUCUGUCGGUGCUGCUCAUCAUCUUCAUUGAUGAUGUAUCCGGAAAUGUCUCAAAACAAUGGAACAAACAUCACGUUGUUUAUAUGUCAAAUGCUGCGAUGCCGCGUCAGAUGCUUGAAAAGGAGUUUUGCGUGAGGUUUGUGUCUUCGUCACCCCAUGCAUCACCUCUUGAACUCGCAAAGGGUGUCAAGGAUUCAAUAAUUGCCGCUGCUGAACAGGGCAUUAUAGCAUGGGAUUGCAAGUACGAAGAAGAAAUCAUGCUCAUUCCUUAUGGCCUCUUCAAGGCUGGCGAUAACCUGAUGCAGGCAGAAGAGUGCAGUCACGGUGGUCUCAAGUGCAACAUGUUCUGUAGAACCUGCUAUGUCGGUGGGACGAUGGUUGAAAAAUCAACAGAUGAAGGAUACUUGAAAAUCUUCGAGUCAGGGAGGCUGCGUGAGCCUGAUGACACUCGCAAAUAUAUUUAUGAUCAAAUCGCGCUAUUGAAGCUCUCCGGAGGGACUGAAAAGGUGAAGAAUGCAGUCACAUCUUCAGGGAUACGUGAUGCGGCCUCUGCAUCAAUUGUCAAUCAUCUCUUGGUACUUGGCAAAUCUUUGCGCAAACGGGAAGCUGGAAAACCUGCCCUCAAAGAAGAUGAAGAGUUCAUCAACCCCCUGUUGGGAAUGCCCGGAGUUAACAUUCACAGAGAUACACUGACAGAAAUAUUGCACACUGUUCUUCUUGGCAUCGUCAAAUACUUCUGGGGCCAGACCAUCUUCAUCCUCGAGAAGGCUCAUCUACUCGACACCUUUCGGACUCGCCUCGAGUCCAUCUCCACAAAUGGUCUACAUGCACCAACUCUCGGCGCGGAGUACAUUUGUCACUACAAGGGAAGCUUAAUUGGCAAGCACUUCAAGUCUCUUGCACAGGUAAUGCCAUAUAUGAUCUAUGAUCUUGUCCCGAAAACAGUGCUUAACGGCUGGAUGAUUAUCGGCGAGGUGGUGGUGUUAUUAUGGCACACGAAAAUCAAUGAUCUGGAAACUUAUCUGGUGCUCAUCGCGCCUAAGUCUACCUCGAUCGACUACCUCAUCGUUCGGACAAGACUGUCCUUACUUUGA